AUGCAGCUGCGUUGGAGCGCCCAUCUCGUGCGGAUGGACGACGAGAGGCUAUCCAAACGACUUUUCUAUGGAGACGUCGCGACGGGUUCUCGUCGCCAAGGAGGUCAAAUUUGUCGACACAAGGAUACUCUGAAGUCCUCCCUGAAGCGUCAGCAAAUCAAUAGACCAACUGGGAGAACUCCGCCUGGGACCGACCUACGUGGAGAAGGACAGUGGAGAGUAAUCUUCGAAGCCAACCGCAUCACCGCCGUCAAAGCCAAACGCGAGACACGCAAGCCACCGCCGACGCAGCCGCCGCGCAGCGCCAUCGCCCAACCGCCUCCAGCGAGUCCACGAUGUCAACGGACAUUCCGGGCGUCAACUGGACUUGUUGGGCACCGUCGGAUCAACUGCAGUACUCGGCUGCAGCAACCGUUAUCCCUCCGUCCACUUCCCCCUUCGCCUCCCACGCCCUCAACUAACGUUGACUACCCUUCCAAACCAUCACUACCAUCUUCUUCUUCUUCUUCUUCUUCUUCUUCUUCUUCUUCUUCUUCUUCUUCUUCAUCUUCUUCUUCAUCAUCACCUUCUUCUUCUUCCUCCACCGCCCCAACAUCUGCAACUGUGGCGUCUACCAUGCCCAUAAACAUUGCACACAAUCCUGAAACACCAACACCGCCACCGUUAACACAACUGACGAGGACCUGGUCUAUGCCUGUCCUCAUUGCGAUUUCACCCUCACUUCACACAUCGGCCUGGUCGGUUACUUGA